AAAACGCACAUGGUGAAAAAGACCGUACUCCCGCGAGAGCACCAUUGAUAGGGUGUAUCAGACAGAAGAUAAGAGCAAAAUACCGAGUAUCAAUCUUCUUUAUAAUUUUCUUGUUCAGUUUCCUUCAAAGGUAGUAAGGAUUGGAUAGACCUUGUGAUGUGACGAGCUUAUUUGUAUCUUUAUCUUUGUCAAAGGCGCGCGCCGAUCCCCGAUUUAGUCUCCCUAGCCCUGCCCCCUGGCGGAGUAUUGAAUACUACGGCUUUUUUUCUCACCAUAAUAAUCGUCAACACGUGGAGAGAGCUUAAAUCAACAGUGGUACAUUUUACGCUACAUUGUGUUAAAUUUCUCGGCAAUAGUCGAUUUUGAUGCGUUGUUGAAAACAGAAAGCGUGAAAAUUAAUUUCCAGUGUUCUGAUGCGCUGACAGGACGGGAUUUACCAUUUUAUCAGAAUAUGGAUGGCAGAACCAGAAUUGCAUUUGUUUGCUUGUUUCACAUCGUGUGGUCCCAGGACACGUUUUACUUCAGUUCGAAGCCGGAGGACAUGGACGUGGUGGAAGGAUCUGAGGUUUUACUUCGUUGUGAUGUCUCCAAUCGCCAGCAUAUUGUGUUCAGUUGGGCCCACAACAAUAAGCCUCUAGUCCCCACCAGUCGGCGGUUCCAGGAAGGGAGCCACCUUCACAUCCUGAGGGUCACGCGAGAGUCCGACUCGGGAACUUUCUCUUGUAUUGCCACCAACAAAACCUCUGGAUAUUCCCUCGUUAGUGAAGCUUCUCUUAAUAUACAAUGGAUCGACAAAACAGCCACAGUUGAACUGAAGCGACCCAAACCCGAGGAGUUAGUGUUGAAUUCUGAGGUUCUACUGAAGUGUCAGAUCUCUGGGAAUCCAGACCUGUUGUUUGACUGGUACCACAACACAUUCAGAUUGUUUAACAAGAACAGAAUUAAGAUUUUGGACAAGGGUUCCAAAGUACGUAUAAUAAAUGUUACUGCAGCGGACAACGGCAUCUAUUCAUGUCUCGCAGAGAAUACUGCUGGCUCCCGUAGCAGCGCAAAGAACUUCCUGUUGAAUGUCAAAGCCCCCAAUACGCCUCAUCUGAUUGAGAGGCAGUUCACACGAUCCCAGACAGUACUGAGAAACAAUCCCGCCCGUCUGGAUUGUCCGUUUCAGGAAGCUACUAGAAUUGACUGGUUCUCCUUCCAUGAAAAGAUAUUGAACAGUUCCAGGUAUCUAGUCUUUGAGAAUGGUUCGCUCUAUUUCUCACGUGUGAGGUCCUCUGAUGAGGGGAUUUAUAGAUGUGAGGGCCUCGGAGCUAACAGAAGAAUCCCCUCCCAAACAUUUACUUCAGAACUAAUCAUUGCCAGUCUGGAAGAGUUCAAGAUGGAGUCCUUUGAGCCUCGUUUAAUUCCCAAUUUUCCUAUUGUCAUUCCAAUGCACACCCGAUUUGUUGUCAAAAUGUUCCCACCAGAGGGCAGACCGAAGCCCAUUCUUGAAUGGCGAGACCGAAGUGACCUUGUUAUUGGACAGAGUGGCAACAUACAUGUAAACGAAACUGAUUUAAUUUUUGAAAGACCACAGGAAAUGGACUCUGGCAAUUACACUGCCAUCAUUAGAAACGUAGCAGGGGUUAAACAACAGAAAGUUUGGAUCAUUGUUUCAGUUCCCCCAACCAUUCGAAGACCCCCCUUAAACAUGGCAGUUGAAGAAGACAAUAGAGCGGUCUUGAACUGUCAGGUGGCUGGAACCCCAUAUCCUGUUACCACGGUGAUCUGGGAGAAAGAUGGAAAACUCAUCAGAAUGGGCUCCAUGAGACACAUCAUAGACUUGGAGCAAGGUACCCUCACAAUAAAGCGGACUGAGAUGGCUGAUGCUGGGACCUAUAAGUGUGUGGCCAACACCACAGGGCAGAGUUUAGUGGAGUCGCAGGGUGCCUAUCUCCAUGUCAAAAAGAAAUUAAAGUUCUUUCCUCCUCUGAAAGAUGCCAACAUUGAGCUGUACCAUGAUGCCUCAGUGACAUGCAAAGCAGAGGGAGAUGGACCGGUCCGUAUCAUGUGGCAGAAAUCAACACCCAUCCACACAGACUCUCACUUCACUGCACUGGGCGGCACCUUGAACUUCUUCAAGGUUCAGAGGUCAGAUGAAGGGAUGUACACAUGUACUGCUUAUAAUGACAAGCAGGGCUCCAUUAAUGCAACAGUCUUCAUAGAUGUUGUUGAAAGACCCAGAUUUCAUGUGAGGCCAAAGAAUAUGACAAUUUAUGAGGGACACCCAGCGAUGUUGCACUGUGUUGCUAUUGGAGACCCCAAGCCAGCUAUCCGCUGGGACAAAAAUUACUUCCAAGACAUAGACAGUAGUAGAAUAAAGCUUUUCAGUAAUGGCACCUUGUUCAUCUCUAAAGUUUACAUGGAGGAUCAGGGUAGAUAUGGCUGUACAGCUUCCAAUGUGGCAGGAAAAGACCGAGUGGAGGCCUUCCUCACUGUCACCACAUCCAUUGAAUAUACCAUUGAUAAAUCUACUGAGAAUGGAGGCUCAGACAUGAUGAAGACCAUUAUCAUUGUUGUAUGCAGUGCAGGGGCAUAUUUAGCUUUGGUCAUAGCUCUAACAGCAUAUUGCAGUUAUAGACUUCUGAUGCAGAGGAGAAACAGGAAAGCACCAUCUAAGUCAGAAAAUGGGCACCUUUCAGCUGAGCAGCACGAGUUACUCGUAAAGGAUCGAGACAACGAGUCUCGUAAUCAGUUCCGCAGUGACAGUGACAAUCGAUCUCACGUCUCGGGACUAAGUUCUCAUCCUUCCCAGUCCUCGUCUUCCUACUCGCGAUCAAGGAGGGGGAGUCUCGAUAGAUUGAUCUUCCCCAGGCAGAAUCUCUCCUCUAUAGGCAUGCUAGGUAAUGGCAUAUUUGGUGAUGUAUUCCUGGCGAAGGCUCGCGACAUCAGAGACGUCGAACCCGAGACUCUGGUAGUGGUCAAGUCUCUGCUUAUGAAGGAUGAGCACCUCUUCUUUGAGUUUCGACAGGAAAUGGAAAUGUACUCCAAACUAGAUCACCCCUUCAUCGUUAAACUGCUGGGUGUGUGUAGAGAAGUAGAACCCCACUUUAUGAUUAUGGAGUAUUGUGACUGGGGUGAUCUGAAGCAGUUCUUACUUGCCACAAGGGGUCACAUAAACGGACGUCCAUUCCCGUCCCGCGUCCCUCCCCUGACACUGGCUCAGAAACUGACCAUGUACAAUCAGAUAGCCCUAGGCAUGGAGCACAUAUCCAACCACAGAUUUGUCCACAAAGACCUGGCAGCUAGAAACAUUCUAUUAACCUCCAGAAUGGAGCUCAAAAUAUCUUCCCUCAGCAUGUGUAGAGACGUUUAUGCAGGGGAAUAUUUCUUUCAUAAUCAGAGUUUUCUCCCCUUGAGAUGGGCAGCACCGGAAGUGUUGCUUCGGAAUGACUAUUCCACAAAAAGUGACGUGUGGGCGUAUGGUGUGUUCAUGUGGGAAGUGUUCAGCCUCGGGGAGCUGCCUUACCCCACACUGGCUGAUGAAGAUGUGAUUAGGAAACUCAAAAACUGUGAUAUUCAACUGCCAGUGACAGAACAAAUUCCAGUGGAACUGAGAGAUAUUAUUAAAAAAUGCAUGUCAGAGAAUCCCCGAGAUCGGCCACAGUUCAGUGAAUUGUGUUUACAUCUCAGUGAGAUGAUGACAAAAUGCCAGACGGUGACUCUCCCUGUGUCUGUCUCGCCACAUCCCGUGUAGAAUUAGAAUUGUUCUGUGCUUACUAGAAUUUUUGUGAUGUGCCUUUUUAUGAAAGUUGAAUGAACGUUUAGCGUGGACCAAGUUUUAGUCUACUUAUUUUAUUGUUUAACAUGCUUUUGUGAUAUAUUGUCCUUUCCAAUCGACUCAAGCAUAAAGAAAUCCAUUACCUUCGUACUGAAAUGUUGUAGUAUUUCGUGAGCAUUGAAUUGCUGUAAUUCAGUUGACUGUUUAUAUUGUUGUUUUCAUUGAUAGUAUGACAAAUCAGUUUAUAGAACCUGUGAAUGGUCAGAAUGCUGGCCCAUGGUAUUACAAUAACUAGUAUUAAAAGUGAAUUUGAGUUUGAAAUGAAAUGAUGCAGAGAAAGUCUGUGUGAGAGAAUUUGUGAUAAGACACAGUGCUGGUGCAUAGGGUAAACACUUUUAAUUAAAAAAUAUUUCUUUUAGUACAUUUCACAUGUAUUUGCUUUAUGUAUGAGGAGUCCUUGUUUACUGAAGUCAUUCAGUCUAAAUAAAAUGGUCUAUGUUAAUCUGAAUAAAAUCUAUGUUCAGAUGUGAAUAUAUAUGUAUACAAGAAGUGAAUUUUUAAUGUAACGGAGAUGUCUGCAGCCUGUGUUUGUGAAGUGAAUUUUUAAUGUAACGGAGAUGUCUGCAGCCUGUGUUUGUGUUGGCUAUUGAAAUAGUGUUUGUUGUCAUUUUUUUGUGUUCUCUUCGAAGUAAAUUUUAAAAAGGUAUGUAUAAAAAUGAAAAGGAUGUACAUGAUGUAUAUACUGGUGUAUGUUUAGUGUUCAAUCAUGCAUUGCUUUUUAUAGAAAAUAGACAAUUUCAGGAAUUGAAGACAACGUGCGUCUUUAUGUUGUCUUCUUAAGAAUCAUUAUUAUAGGGGGGAAAAUACUUUUCAAGACAUUUCCAUGAUUACAUACUGUGUGCAAGUGUAGUAAAUAUACAUAUUGUGUCUGAUGACCAUAAAGCUGUUGCAACUUGUGUUAAUAUUAUGAUCAGUAAUUUAUCUUUGUCUGAUCUAUGCAAAUAGAAAUAAAUACUACAUAAUUAA